AUGCGUGCAAGAUCUAGACAGCCCGUGAAGAGGUACAAGAAGUUGAUAGCCGAUAUUUUCCCCCGGUCACAGGAAGAAGAGCCAAAUGAUCGGAAAAUCGGAAAGCUUUGUGAGUAUGCUGCAAAAAAUCCUUUGCGCAUCCCAAAGAUCGCAAACUCCCUUGAGCAAAGAUGCUACAAAGAACUUAGGAAUGAAAACUUUCGAUCAGUGAAAAUUAUAAUGUGCAUUUAUAGGAAGUUGUUAGUGUCUUGCAAGGAACAAAUGCCUUUGUUUGCGAACAGUGUAUUGACCAUUAUGAAUACCUUGUUGGAUCAAACAAACAAGGAUGAGAUGUUAAUAAUUGGAUGUGAAUCUCUCUUCGAUUUCGUAAAUAAUCAGAACGAUGGAACUUACAUCUUUAACCUCGAAGGGUUUAUUCCAAAGCUCUGCCAGCUGGCUCAAGAAGUUGGAGAAGAUGAGCGGGCCGAGACAAUAAGGGCAGUUGGACUGCAAGCUCUAUCUGCUAUGGUUUGGUUCAUGGGUGAAAACUCUCAUAUUUCAGAUGAAUUUGACAAUAUUGUUUCAGUUGUCUUGGAGAAUUACGAAGGCGCGCAUAAGGAGUCUGUUGAUCCCACCGGAAAUCGCUGGGUGCAAGAAGUUCACAAAACCGAGGGACACAUUUCGCCUUCUCCGGAUGUUGCAUCGAAAAUCCCCUCUUGGAAAGCCAUCGUAAAUGAUAAAGGACAGCUCAAUGUGGCACCAGAGGAGGCCAAAAAUCCGUGCUUCUGGUCAAGGGUGUGUUUACAAAACAUGGCCAAUCUUGGAAAGGAAGCUACCACCAUGCGCCGUGUCUUGGAAUCUUUGUUUCGGUAUUUUGAUAAUGGGAAUCUAUGGACAGCUAAAAACGGGAUUGCUUUUCCUGUUCUCAAAGAGAUGCAGCUUUUGAUGGACGAUUCUGGACAAAACACACACUUUUUGCUCUCAACAUUAGUGAAGCAUCUCGACCAUAAAAACGUAACCAAACAACCCGAGAUGCAGCUCGACAUAGUAGAGGUUGCCACGGCCCUUGCUAGGCUCGCAAAAGUCCAGUCAUCUGUGGCUAUAGUCAGUGCUGUGAGUGAUAUCAUGAGACAUUUGCGUAAAAGCAUACAUUAUUCACUCGAUGAUAAAAAUCUCGGCGAAGAUUUGAUUAAAUGGAAUCGAAAGUUUCGGGAUGCGGUGGACGAGUGCCUUAUCGAGCUUUCAUCAAAGGUUGGAGAUGCAGGUCUGAUCCUUGAUGUAAUGGCAACUAUGUUAGAGAAUAUUCCUAGCGUUACUAUUACAGCUAGAACAACUAUUUCUGCAGUCUACCGAACGGCUCAGAUCAUAGCUUCGUUGCCGAAUUUAUCCUAUCGAAAGAAGGCUUUUCCAGAAGCUUUGUUCCAUCAGCUAUUACCCGCCAUGGUCCACCCGGACCAUGACACACGGAUCGGAGCCCACCAGAUAUUCUCAGUUGUCCUUGUCCCGUCAUCUGUCUCUCCUCAGACAGGUCCGGUCAUAUCCGACCCGGAAAAAAAGAUGGACUUUCCACGAACACUAUCGAGAACAGUCUCGGUUUUUUCCUCGUCGGCUGCACUUCUCGAGAAGCUGAAAAAAAACCAAAGGAACAAUUCUAAGGAGAAUCUUGAGCUGAAUGAAGAAAAGGUCUCGGGUGAUGUUGAGCAGAAAAACAGCAUGAAUGGUGUGUUGGACAAAGUUAAGUCGACUUACAGUCGAGUAUAUAGCGUCAGAAGUACACCGGCUCCGGAUGCUGAGUUGGCCGUGAAGGCAAAUCGAGAAGAUCCUGUUCCUCUUAGAUUUAGCAGCCACCAAAUAUCCCUCCUGCUUUCUUCUCUUUGGGCACAAUCCAUUUCUCCAUUAAACAAACCUGAAAAUUAUGUAGCCAUUGCUCAUACGUACAGCUUGGUUUUGCUGUUUUCUCGGGCCAAGAACUCUUACCGUGAGGCUCUCAUUCGGUGUUUCCAGCUGGCGUUUUCAUUAAGAACUGUAUCUCUUGCUUCUGGUGGGACUUUGCCACCUUCUCGUCGAAGAUCCCUCUUUGUAAUGUCGACUUGUAUGAUAAUCUUUUCAUCAAAGGCUUACAACAUUCUUCCUCUUGUCCGGCUUGUGAAAGCUACACACUCUAGUGAAGUGGCCGCUUCAUUGUUUGCAAUAGAUGACGACUCUCUUCCGGAUUCACUUGGAAGUAGCAAACACAAUUCGCAGUCGAGCAUUGAAAAUUUCAAUCUCUUGAGCGUAGAUCAACUUCUACAAUCCGUUUUGGACACGGCACAUCACGUAGGCCGAAUAUCGGUGAGCACAGCACACGAUGCGUCUUACAAGGAAACGGCACACCAUUGUGAGACUCUUUUGGUGGGAAAGCAGCAGAAAAUGUCAAACCUGAUAACCACUCAGAAAAGGCAAAAAGUCAACCUGUUGACCUUGCCUUCACAAAACUCACGCGAACAGACUAAGACAGUGGCAUCACUGUACAAUGGCUCACUUGAGGGAGAAAAUACGUUCUUGGAUCAAAAUGUAGGUGGGCUUCCAAUGAAGGCAGUAAGCCCACCGGGAAUAUGUUCGGCUGAGGUCCAAAAUCAUCCCGACUCGUUGAGGCUGCCAGCAUUAAGCCCGUACGACAACUUCUUGAAAGCUGCCGGGUGCUGA